GCCCGGGUGGGAGGGGGCGGGACAGUCCUGGGAGAAGGGCGGGGGGCGUGGCCAGGGACCACUUAAGGCGGAGUUAGGGCGUUUCUGGGAGCACGAGAGCGGGGCAGCAGAGACUGGCUGGGCUGGCACUCACCCUCGACCCACCUGCCCUGUAAUGGUAGCCUAUUAGUAGUAGGUUCCAGGUUCCCCGGAGCAUGUAGGCAGAGUUAGCGGCUGCCAGGUGUUUAGAGCCACAAGCGCUCCAGGUAUUCCGAGGGCUUCUCUGCGGUGCUCUCUGGCUCCUGCGGAGAUGCCCAACUGACAGGAGAGCUAGUGAGGAUCAGAACGCUCCCCCUUUGACCCAAGUCCACUGCGCCCAUGGCUCUGCCGGCUAGUCUGUUGCCUCUGUGCUGCUUGGCACUCCUGGCACUGUCUGUCCAGAGCUGCGGGCCGGGCCGGGGACCCGUUGGCCGGCGGCGUUACGUGCGAAAGCAGCUUGUGCCUCUGCUGUACAAGCAAUUUGUGCCUAGUGUGCCCGAGAGGACCCUUGGCGCAAGCGGGCCAGCGGAGGGGAGGGUAGCAAGGGGGUCCGAGCGCUUCCGGGACCUCGUACCCAACUACAACCCCGACAUAAUCUUCAAGGAUGAGGAGAACAGUGGCGCUGACCGCCUGAUGACAGAGCGUUGCAAAGAGCGGGUGAACGCUCUGGCCAUUGCGGUGAUGAACAUGUGGCCCGGAGUGCGCCUACGUGUGACUGAAGGCUGGGAUGAGGACGGCCACCACGCGCAGGACUCACUCCACUACGAAGGACGUGCCUUGGAUAUCACUACAUCUGACCGUGACCGCAAUAAGUAUGGUUUGCUGGCACGCCUAGCAGUGGAAGCUGGCUUCGACUGGGUCUACUAUGAGUCCCGCAACCACAUCCACGUGUCGGUCAAAGCUGAUAACUCCCUGGCGGUCCGAGCUGGUGGUUGCUUUCCUGGAAAUGCCACGGUGCGUCUGAGGAGCGGCGAGCGGAAAGGGCUGAGGGAACUCCAUCGUGGUGACUGGGUACUGGCCGCCGAUGCAGCGGGCCGGGUGGUGCCGACCCCGGUGCUGCUCUUCCUGGACCGGGACCUGCAGCGCCGCGCCUCGUUCGUGGCUGUGGAGACCGAGCGGCCUCCCCGCAAACUGUUGCUCACACCCUGGCAUCUGGUGUUCGCUGCUCGCGGGCCGGCGCCCGCUCCAGGUGACUUUGCACCGGUGUUCGCCCGCCGGUUACGAGCUGGGGACUCUGUGCUGGCUCCCGGCGGGGACGCGCUUAGGCCGGCGCGCGUAGCCCGCGUGGCGCGCGAGGAAGCCGUGGGCGUGUUCGCGCCGCUCACUGCGCACGGGACGUUGCUGGUCAACGAUGUCCUUGCCUCCUGCUACGCGGUUCUGGAGAGUCAUCAGUGGGCCCACCGCGCCUUUGCUCCUUUGCGCUUGCUGCACGCGCUCGGGGCGCUGCUUCCCGGGGGUGCAGUCCAGCCGACUGGCAUGCAUUGGUACUCUCGCCUUCUUUACCGCUUGGCGGAGGAGUUAAUGGGCUGAGCAUCCAAGCCCAGAAGUCCUCCAAGCUCUGAUCGAAACCUGAAGCCAGAGACAUGCUAGCUGAGAUCUGGGGAUGUGGGCAGUAGGUGAUGCUGAUUGGGAGAGUAGGGCGGAAAAGAGAGA